AUGGAAACAUCUGCCAGUCCAAUGCUAAAACCGCUUUCAGCUCUUACAGUUGUUACAAAUGUCAAGAAGCCUCACUUUAACUUUAUUACUCUUCACUAUUUCCUUAUUAUAGGAAUGUCCUUAAUUGGAUCUGUCUGUAUUUACAGCUCUAAGAAUAUCGGCUAUAUCGAUGCACUCUUCCUGGCCAGCGGGUCUGCCACUCAGACUCGAAGAAGUCGACGUACUAUGAAUAAGAGUUUCUCUAAAGCCAAAACCACCGAUAUUUGUUAUGAUCUGGAAGAAAGAGGUCAAAGCAAACAGAAGAUUAGGCCUGUUCAAGCCAUAUCCCAGGAAGCAACAAGAAUAAAGCCGUCGGAAUCCCAAGAUAAUCCCUCUACAAAAAACACUGAACGAAACGAUAAAACUUUGCAGACUCAUCACGAGCAUGAAACUUCCCGAGAGGCAUUGGGACUUGGACCUAUCGAUACUCAAAAUGAGACAAUGACCCGUCAAAUUAAGUUUGCCGACCAGGUAAAGGUUGAAAAUAAUAUCAUAGGCACAGUUCGUCUUCCCGGCCCACGAUCUCAUGAGGAGCAUAUUGCUGUUCUCCAAAGGCAACGCAAUCCUGAAAAAGGCGAUGUACUACGAAUACCUGGUCCACGAGAUGCCGACGCGGGAGCCUCUCCUCACAAUGUCAACACCAAUCAGAGAUCUUCUGGAGACUUGAGAAACCGUGGAGAAGAGAACGAAAAUGACACUCAACAAGUAAAUAAUCAUCCUAGGCAAGACUCCAAUAUUUCAGGACCGUCACAGAGUAGAAUAAAUUCCUUCAAAGGACGCAUAGCAGGAAACAGAGCAGCUGCCAAGAACAUUCUAGAAAUAUUCCAAUUACGAAAGCCUGCAACACUCAAGAACAGUUUUUUACAUAACAGACACCCAAAACCCCUUCAAAACCUCAGAUCUGUGCUUUCGCGUGACAAAGAUGACACCAUUCCAUACCUGAGCUGGCAACCGACCAUAGGACGGAAUUCAGCAUUCCUUGACCUCUCAGUUGAGCAAAGAGAAGAGUUAGGUGGAAUUGAGUAUAGAUCGCUCAAAGCUCUCGCUGUUGUGUUAGUAUCAUACUUUUGGGGCUUCUCUUUAUUUGGCCUCAUAUGUUUGAUUCCAUGGAUUUAUAAAGAUAAGCGAUACAGUGAGGUAGUCAUGGCUAGUGGGCAAGGAAGAGUAUGGUGGGGAGUAUUCACGGCAAACUCAGCCUUUAUGGAUUUGGGCUUUACGCUUACUCCGGAUAGUAUGAUUUCCUUUCGUUCAGCCACUUGGCCGCUAUUAAUUAUGUCAUUUUUAAUUAUAAUCGGAAACACAGCUUUUCCAAUCAUGUUGAGGGUCAUAAUCUGGGUUGUUGCACGAUUCUCACCGACCGGAAGCGGAGUGGAACAGGAAUUACAAUUUCUUCUAGAACAUCCACGCCGAUGUUUCACGCUUCUAUUCCCCGCGAAAACAACUCUAUGGCUGGCUCUGAUGCUAAUAUUCCUCAACGCUGUAGACUUGGUAUUCUUUAUUAUCCUCGAUCUGGGAAACACAAUUGUCACGAAAUUGCCUGUUCGACUCCGAGUGCUAGACGGCUUGUUUCAGGCGAUCUCCACCCGUACUGCAGGAUUUUCAGUGGUUGAUCUAUCUUUGCUUCAUCCAGCUAUACAAGUCUCGUAUUUAGUCAUGAUGUACAUUUCUGUUCUCCCAAUCGCUAUCUCGGUUAGACGAACCAAUGUAUAUGAGGAAAGGUCCCUGGGCAUCUACAGUUCAUCAGCUGAUGAAGAUGAAAAUACUGAGCACUCCUAUGUCGCGACUCAUCUUCGACAUCAACUUUCAUUUGAUUUAUGGUACAUUUCCCUGGGAUUCUUCAUCAUUUCCAUCUCUGAGGGGAUCCGUCUCCAGAGUGGCGACCCUCGUUUCACUAUGUUUGCUGUCCUUUUUGAAAUAGUUAGCGCUUAUGGCACUGUUGGGCUAAGCCUUGGCUUCAGUGGAAUUAAUGCUUCAUUCUCUGCAGAGUUUGGUAUGGUUGCCAAACUUGUUAUAAUUGCCAUGCAAAUUCGGGGACGUCAUCGUGGUCUUCCUAAUGAACUAGAUCGAGCUAUCAUUCUCCCAAGCGAAAAACUACAACAGAAAGCAGAAGAAGACCUCGCACGAUGCACUCUUAGAAGACGGAAUUCUAAUGCUACCGAUGUAGUAGCUGGUCUGAGUAAAACACUAUCUCGGGGUCAAGCCACCGAAAUUCUUGGUGCUGUUUUCCAACCUGGUCCUCCGCUUCCUCGUAGCUAUCGCAAUCUACACUCUGAUGACUCAAAUCUAAGACAGCGAUCUAGUAUUUUAUCGAACAAUCUACGAGAACGAUCGCCUGAUUCAACAGCUCUAUCAAAAUCAAGAUCCAAUACCAAAAGUGUUAGCAGCACAAAUAGUACAAAACAGAUUUACGAAGAAGAUAUCGGCCCAUCUCUAAAUGCCUGA